GUUCUGUUCACAAGACAACAACAACACUUCGUGUCCAAACAAACGCAAAUACUUCACAUAAACUGUUAUAAAAGUAGGAGAAAGUUGGUCACCGGUAUUAAGCCACCUUUUGUCAUUUUUUCUACUCCCAACUCCUUAUUUAUAUCCUUCAUUUAAUCUCCAAAGCCUUCACAAAUCAAACAAACACAACACAACCCAGCAAAAACAAAAACAAAAACAAAAAAAAAAACUUUAAAAGGAUUAUAUUCUCUCCAGACACAUCUCAAGAAAACAUGAAAACGGGAAUGGGUUUAGUGUUGCUUACAGUUUUCAUGGCUGUGAUGUCAUCUACAAGAGUCCUUGCUCAGUCGAGUUGCACAACUGCUUUGAUCAGUAUGUCGCCGUGUCUCAACUACAUAACCGGAAACACUACCUCUCCAUCUCAGCAAUGCUGCAGUCAGUUGGGUAACGUAGUCCGGUCUUCUCCUGACUGUUUGUGUCAGGUCCUCAACGGUGGUGGCUCUCAGCUCGGGAUUAACGUUAACCAAACACAGGCUCUUGCUUUGCCUAGGGCUUGUAAUGUUCAGACUCCUCCUGUCAGUCGCUGUAACAACGGUGGUGGUUCUACUGCUGCCUCUCCUGCAGACUCACCAAACUCUUCAGGACCAGGAAAUGGAUCGAAAACUGUACCAGUAGGAGAAGGAGAAGGGGAAGGACCAUCGUCAGACGGAAGCUCUAUCAAGUUCUCAUAUCCUCUUCUUGCCUUCCUUUCCGCGGCUUCCUACAUGGCAAUCUUCUUGCAAUACUGAGUUUCCCCAUCCACGGUUCUCCUGAAACCUAUGAAGCUUUUAUUAUACCACUCAGAUUGCAUUCUUUAUUUUUCCUUAUUUGUUCACAUUUCCUUGUGACUUCGUGUAUUGUAUUUUUAUUAUGUGCUCCGGAUGAUAUUGGAUCUCUUUACCUUUUAUAAUAAACACUACUUUUUCAGAA